AUGGCCGCCCAAUCUACCGUGGGGUCUUAUUCGAACCCUAUGAAGAAGUUCAAACUUGUCUUUCUCGGCGAACAAAGUGUCGGCAAAACCUCCCUCAUAACCCGCUUCAUGUACGACUCGUUCGACAACAUGUACCAAGCCACCAUCGGCAUUGACUUCCUUUCCAAAACCAUGUACCUCGAAGACCGCACCGUACGUCUCCAACUCUGGGAUACAGCGGGACAAGAGCGCUUCCGCUCCCUCAUUCCCUCUUAUAUCCGCGACAGCUCCGUCGCUGUAGUCGUCUACGAUAUCUCCAGUCUCAAAUCCUUUCAGAAUACGCGGAAAUGGGUGGAUGAUGUAAGGGGGGAGAGGGGCCAAGACGUCAUCAUUGUGUUGGUGGGCAACAAGACGGAUUUGAAUGACAAGAGGGAGGUCACGAGUCAGAUGGGAGAAGAGGAGGCGAAGAGGUGCGGUGCUUUGUUUGUGGAGACGAGCGCGAAGCUAGGCGCCAAUGUCAAGGGAUUGUUUAGAAGGAUAGCGCAGGCUUUGCCGGGGAUGGAAGCAGAGGGGCAGGGCGGGCAAGGCGAAAGCCAGAUGAUCGAUGUCAACAUCAAUCCUUCGAAGCCAGAGUCCAAUGAGGGUUGUGCCUGCUGA